AUGGUGGGAACACGUGAAAAAAAAGAGGGCUCGGGAGAAGCGGGGUCUAAGAUCGUGACAUGGGAAAAGAUGAAAAAGUUACUUCGCGAGAAAUUUUUACCUGCUAACUAUCGCCAAGAAGCCUUCCUGGAAUACCAUAACUUGUCCCAACGGUUGACCACCGUUGAGGAAUUAAUUGUUGAAUUUGACAGGUUGAGAAUGAGGUGUGGUGUCGAGGAGGAAAAAGAGCAGGUUAUUGCACGGUUCUUUGGGGCGUUACGUCCCGAGAUUUCUGAUGUUGUUCAAUUGCAGCCCUAUUGGACCUUCAAUGACGUUUGUCAACUUGCAUUAAAGGUCGAAAAACAACUGAAAGGGAAGGGUAAGGCAGCAGUCACUAAACCAAACCCGAUCAAACCUGAGUUUUCACGCGGUUCGACAGGAACUUCGGCUCACAACCGGUUUACACCAACCAAAACCGAGGCAACAGCCUCCUCCACCAACCCAUCUGUAACACGCCGAGCACCUGGGUGUUUUAAGUGUGGCGGUAUGGGCCACUUCGCUAGGGAAUGCCCAAAUACCCAGUUGGUCACCCUCACGGAAGACACUCUACCUACUUAUGACACGGACGAAGACGAACCAACUGAAGGUCAAACGGAAGUUGUUUAUCCAGACAAGGGGGAGGCCCUUGUUACUCAACGAGUUCUCAAUACCACACAGGCCCGAUCUGUUGAUGACACACUCUGGCUUCGCAACAACAUUUUUCGUACGAAAUGCACCUCAAAAGGGAAAGUCUGUACAAUCAUUAUCGACGGGGGAAGCUGUGAGAACAUGGUAGCUACGACAAUGGUAGAGAAGUUGGGGCUGAAAACCGAACCACAUCCCGAGCCUUAUCAGCUGACCUGGUUAAAAAAAGGUAACAUGGUGAAGGUGAAUCAGCGUUGUUUGGUUCAGUUUAGCAUUGGGAACCGUUAUUCCGAUGAAAUCUGGUGUGAGGUAAUUCCAAUGGAUGUUUGUCAUAUUCUUCUAGGCCGACCUUGGCAAUACGACAGACGGGCCCGUCAUGACGGGUUCAAUAACACUUAUUCGUUCAAAAAGGAUGGCGUGAACGUCACACUAGCUCCCCUCGAGACACGAAAGACGGAGACGGAGGCACUUAUACUUAACAUGUCAACUUUUCUCGAUUUUACUCGGGCCACAAAACCUACGUUUAUGUUUGCUAUGGUGGUCGCUGAGGCGAACACAAACUCAGUUGCUAUCCCAAAGGAGGUACAACCUUUACUUACUGAAUUUCAAGAUGUUUUCCCAGCUGACAUACCUGCAGGUUUACCACUUAUGCGCGAUAUUCAACACUGUAUUGAUUUCAUUCCGGGUUCCGUUAUUCCAAAUAAACCUGCAUACCGAAUGAACCCUAACGAAUAUGAAGAGUUGCAUAGACAGGUGACAAAGCUUCUUGACAAAGUGUUAAUUCGGGAGAGUAUGAGCCCGUGCGCCGUCCCCGCGUUGUUAGUUCGAAAAUCAAACGGGGCGUAUCACAUGUGUAUUGACAGUAGAGCGGUUAAUAAAAUUACAAUCAAAUACAGGUUCCCUAUCCCGCGUUUUGAAGACUUAUUAGAUCAAUUGCAUGGUGCCAAGAUUUUUUCUAAAAUUGAUCUCAGAAGCGGGUACCACCAGAUUCGUAUGCGUCCGGGGGACGAGUGGAAAACCGCGUUUAAGACUAGGGAUGGGUUAUACGAAUGGAUGGUCAUGCCCUUCGGCCUUUCCAACGCCCCUAGUACCUUUAUGCGCUUAAUGAACCACAUCUUUAAACCGCUAAUCGGAAAGUGUGUCGUCAUUUACUUUGACGAUAUCCUCAUCUUUAGUCUUGAUCUUCAACAACACCUCCGUCAUCUCAGGCAGGUAUUUUUAGUUAUGCGGGAACAAAAAUUGUAUGCCAACAGCAGUAAGUGCCACUUUUUAUCACAUGAGGUUUUAUUUUUGGGAUACUUGAUUUCGGAAACUGGAAUACGGAUGGAUAAAACUAAAAUCGAAGCCAUUACUACAUGGCCCAUUCCGACAACAAUUCACGAAGCUCGUAGUUUUCAUGGGUUAUCAUCUUUUUACCGCCAGUUCAUUCGUAACUUCAGCACUAUUAUGGCUCCCAUAACCUAUUGUUUGAAAGGCCAAACCUUCCAGUGGACACCGGCUGCAACAAAGGCCUUCGCGGAACUCAAACAGUGUGUCACCCACGCACCUGUCCUUGCACUUCCUAAUUUCCAAAAGACCUUCCAAGUCGAGUGUGAUGCCUCGGGAUUUAGAAUUGGAGGCGUUCUGAGCCAAGAGGGUCGCCCAAUUGCAUAUUUUAAUGAGAAACUCAGUGAAGCUAGGCGAAAAGCACUUAUGACAAAGAAUUCUAUGCGAUCAUCCGAAGUUUGGAAUAUUGGCGACACUACCUGUUACCCCAUGAGUUCAUUCUUUUUUCUGAUCACUAGGCACUCAGAUUUAUACAGGGCCAGCACAAGUUGA